AUGGUAGUCUUUUUUAAGUAUAAUUUAAUAUUUAACCCAUUAUUAAUAUACUCCUGUUUUUUAAAAGUUGGUUUUGGAACACAAUCUUUUGGGUUCGGUAGUACUCCUGCUACAACUGCAUCAUCAUUAUUUGGAACUCCAGCUCCACAGACCGCUGGUUUUGGAACGUCUGCAGGUUUUGGUACGCCCGCACAAUCUGGAUUUGGGUCUACCUCAACCAGCACAAGUACUUUUAGUACUCCCGGAACAACUUUUGGAUUUGGAUCCGGAGGGACGUUUGGAACAACAACAAUAGCAUCUACAGGCUUUGGUGCUCAAAGUGCUCCAGCUACGACCAGUACUAUUGGGGGCUUUGGAAAUUUCAGUGGUUUUGGCACAACAGCUACUACGUCUGCACCGAGUUUAUUCGGUGGAUUUGGCACUUCAAGCACACCUUCCACGGGAUUCGGAACUUGCACUGGAUUUGGUGGUUUUGGAGCCAAACCUACUACAACAACCACUGCUUCAAGUUUUGGUGGAUUUGGUACUGGAACUGGUUUCGGUGGAUUUGGCGGGGGCUUAGCCCUUUCACAACAGCAGCCACAGCAGCAACAACAACAGCAAACUGCCAAUGCCAUUACAGAAGCACUCUACAAUGCAGUAUUCAAUUGUCAAUUGUUCAAUGACGAGAGAGACAACACCAUCGCCAGGUGGAAUCUUAUUCAAGCAUUGUGGGGUACAGGGAAAGCAUAUUAUUCUACGAACGCACCACCAAUUGAUUUAAACCAGGAGAAUCCAUUGUGUAGAUUUAAAGCAAUUGGUUAUAGUCGAAUGCCAGACGCGGAUAACAAUGAAGGUUUCGUAGUUCUCUGUUUCAACAAGAAAGAACAGGAAGUGAAAGAUGGAAGACAGCAGUUAAUAGGGUCUUUAAAUUCGAUUUUAGGCAACAAACCAAAUCUCACUGUGGUUGUUGAUACAAUCAAAUCAACUGGCGAGAACAGGUGCCAAGCCACAAUUUUCGUUUCAGAAAAAGGAGCCACUGGUACUUCUAGGAAAAUUCUCGCUAACGAGUUGUUUACUUAUCUCACCCAAGCAAUGCAGAAACAGCAACUUACGCAAAUGGGCGUAGAAAAUGUUUAUCCGUUAGUUAAAUUGGAACCCUCGCAGUUGAAGGAAUAUCUUGACAGUCCACCGUGUUCGAUCGAUCCUCGCUUGUGGAAACAAGCACAGUUAGACAAUCCCAAUCCAGAUAUGUAUAUACCUGUGCCAAUGAUAGGGUUCCAUCAAGUAAAACAUAGAUUAAAAUGUCAGGAGGAAGAAACCGCAAGACAUCGAGCGUUUCUUGAUAUGGCAGCGGAGAGAAUACAGGGUUUGCAAAGGCAGCAUACAGCUACUCAAGCGAAAUUGAAAGAGCAUCGUCGAACGCUUUUGGAACUACAACACAGAGUGCUUCAGGUAUUGGUCCGGCAAGAAGUUACCAGAAAAGUUGGUCUUUCUUUGCAACCUGAAGAAGAAGUCUUAACUAAUAGGUUUGAAGCAAUGCACUCCCAAAUUAGUGCACCGACACAAUACAAAGGCAGAAUUAGCGAAAUGUUGUCGCAGUUACGAAUGAGGAGACACGUUGAUACACAUAAUCAGGAACGAUAUGCUAUGGAUCCUAUCGCACAAGAUGAUAUAAAGACUUCACUUACUCGUCACAAAAGUAAUGAAGGCAAUAAGAAAACACUCAAAAUUAGAAAAUCAAUUAUAUGGAGGCAACCUUUGCGAGAGGAAGACUGCUACUUCUGUAUGACUGAUCUUAAUGGAAUAAAUAGAAAAAAUAAAGGUAGUGUCAAAUAUGCUGAUGUGUCUAGCGUCACAAAACCAGUGGAAGAUAACGAUACUUCAAAAACCUUCAGGAAAUUUGACGAAAGUAUUCUGAAAAAUGAUAAAUAUGAUGAUUAUGACGAAGAUGGUAUUGAGUAUGAUGACGAUGAAUACAACGAUGAAGAUGAAGAACAGUAA